AUGGCAGGAACCUCUUUGAGCGAGCUCCUCAAAACUCCGUUCGGACCCUACCUAGAGGAAGAGGUCCUCAUUGAGACCUGUAGAGGUACCACAAAGAACAACCCGGUGUCUCUCAAUCUCUUGACUCUCGGCUGCGGAGGUUUGAUGACAGGCUUGAACGAAUGUGAAAGCACCCAACCGGAUUAUGAUGCAGACCGCUUCAGCGACACUCCUAUCGUGUUCCGCGGCAUCCUCGAGAUACAGAGCCUCUCGUGGCUGCAACCGGAUGCGCUAAACACGAUCGAAGAGGAACUCCGAGAAAGAGACGUUGCUGCUCGGUCUCCUUUCGGUGUCCGAGCUAGCCCAAGCAACCUCACGCUGAAGAGGAUAUACUCACCAGUGCCGGGCUUUACCGGCGCGCAGCUCAGAGUCAAGGUCAAAAUUCAAGGAGUCAAACACAUGCCUGCCGUUUAUCUGCAUGGGGAUCACGUCCCUGAUGGGCUUAUGAUCACCUCCCAAGCACACAAACGUCGCUACGCCGUCGAGAGUUUGGACAUUGAGACAUAUAAACGGAGCGAUCUCUACCUCGCCCGUUUCCGUCUCAUGCGCACCCUGAAGGAUCUACUCAAGCUGGACGGCGAGUGCAACCACCAUGCGGACAACACAACGCCCAUGCACCUCCGUAACCCCACCUGGUUCGUCGAUCUCUACAUGAGACACAUGGCGCAGGCCGGCGAGGCGCGACACUGGCGCCCCGUCUUCGACGCAGAGUUAGACCCCGAUGUAGGUCCUAACGGGCGCAUGCGGGGUAACCGCGAGCAUAUCUUGCGUCACGUCUCGCGUGCGGAGGUGUGCUCACUCUUCGCCGCACAUGCGGAAUGGGUCGUGGGCGAUCUGGAGUUGGGCCGCGCCCAGUGGCUCGACCUUGAAUCCUGGCGGGCGUGGAUUACCGAGAUCGCCCGUACCCGCAAGCUCGCUGCACGUGAGGGCUAUUCCUGGGGUGUGCCGCCGGGGGUGCAAGUAUCUCCCGAGGAGGAGGAGGAAGAGGAAGAAGAUCUACCCUCCCGUCUGCGGUCCAGGAUAGAGCAACAAGGAAAGAAGACUAAACAGAGACGAGCUCCUCGACGCAACGCGUCCCGCACUACCGGCUCAGGCGCCACAACCUCUACAAUGCGCUCCGCUGACCCGCCGUCGCACGGCCCGUCCCGCAGGCGCACCCCUUCGCCGGAGGUCGACGACACCUAUCUGCGUACAUACGACCCCGAUUUCUCCCCCGUAUCGACCCCACCCGGCUCGCCCUCCAGCGCGUCCUCUAUAGGCCUGCCCUCGCGCCCCGCGUCGCCUAUCGACCCGAACCUCGCCGCGCUGAUCCCAUCCGCAUACUUUCACCCACCGCAGCCGACAGCGACACUGAAGUGGGUGUGCGAGAUCGAAGGGUGUGGUUAUCUCAUUGACCUGCUCCGUCUAACGGACGCGAACAUCGACCUCGCGGGUGACUUAAUCACGCCUGAUGAGCGGCUGAGACUGAAGGGCAAGAGCUGGCAUAUACGCGAAUCGUGGGCGCGCGAUGCAUUCGGGUACAUGGUCAGUGCGCAUCGGGAGGAGCAUAUGGAAAGUUGGGGGUUCAAGGUCGUGAUCGAGGGCAAGGAGUCCAAGCUUGUGUACACACACCGGGACGGGACACACGUUCGGUCGGACCAGUUGCGUAAGGUCAAGAAAGACAACAGGCGACCCGUCAUCAAAGAAGAAGACCGUUAACAGAGCGAAGUCUUGUACCUGUGUCUAUCUAUACAUUUACUAUAUCGUUCUUUGCAUUCUUACCUCUGCAUGGCCACUGUCGCUGUUGUCGCAUAUCGUUC